UACAAGGAAACAAAUCCCCGAAGAGCCUCCUCCUCCUCCUCCCCCUCCUCCUCCCCCUCCUCCGUCGCAGUCAGCUCUCCGUAGUUCACCUGCGCUCCCUUCUGAUACGGUGCUAUGUUUCGGACUUUCCGCGCCUCUUCCAAACCACAUCGACGUAUCCGCGGGCCAUACUCUUCCAGUCCAGACCGACUUGAGCUGCUCGUUUCUCCCGGACCCCAGAGGGAUCCACACACACACACACACACACUCUGAGGAUGGACCCCGCUGCUUUCCUGUUGCUGGCUCUCGUGAGCUCCGGGACGCUUCUCCAAGCUUGAUCCUGGACUACGAUGGAUGCAGGUCUCUGUGAAGAUGUUGGCUCAACAGUCACCGCUGCACUGGUCCAUCUUAUUUUUCUGCAACAGAACAUCAGACAGCCAGCAGCAUGCUCAGUGUGGGCUACAGAAGGUGUGACUGCCUUGUAUGGAGAGAUCAUUGUUGUCCCAUGCAACAGUGGAGCUACGGCACCAGAGGAUCUGAUGUUCGUCAAGUGGAAAUAUGAGAAAGAUGACAGCACUGCUGGUGAUCUGUUGAUCAAACAGGCCCGCAACGACCAAACCACGGUUCAGGCCACGGACGAUUACGCCGAGAGGGUCAGCAUCGACGACAACUUCAGCCUGCAUAUCACCAAGGCCUCGCUCAAAGACCAAAAGACCUUCACCUGCAUGGUGGUGUCAGGUUCCAACCUCACAGAGUACCCCGUCUCUGUCGCCGUUUACAAGAAGCCGUCUUCAGUUCAGAUCAUGGACAAGUCUGAAGUGCUGCAGAAGGACAAGGCAACAACGGUGGGAACAUGUGUUGCGACGGAUGCAAACCCCACAGCUACGAUCACAUGGAAAAAGAAUGGAAAGCUCUUGGUAGCCGACGGGAAAGCCGUUGUCAUCACCCCGAGCUUGAAGUUGGAUCCAGCCACAGGCCUGUCCACCACCUCCUCCACCCUCCAGUAUGCAGCUUCGAAGGAGGAUGCUGUCGCAGUCUUCGCCUGUGUCUCCACACAUGUGUUGAGCAAUCAGGAGACUAAGAUGGAGCCUGUUCCUGUUCACUAUCCAUCAGAGAAGGUGAGCCUCCAAAUUAUGUCUAAGGGACCCAUUGUAGAAGGAGAUAACGUGACUUUGAAGUGCCACGCUGAUGGCAACCCUCCACCCAGCUCCUUCUACUUUCACAUCAAGGGCCAGAAAAUGCUUGUGGAAAAUUCGGACACCUACACUUUGGCCGCGAUCAGCAGAGAGGCUGGGGGUGAAUACAAAUGCUCCCUGGCUGACAACGAGAAAAUGGAAGCCUCCCAAAGCAUCGUCGUUAACUACAUGGACCUGAGUCUGACUCCCACUGGGAAGGUAGUGAAGGCCGUCGGGGACACCUUGACAGUGACGAUGGAGAAGAGCGCCUCGGGUGACGCACAAGUGUCAUGGACAAAGAAUGGAAAGGUACUGAAGGAGCCGGUGUUCAGCAGGCUGACCUUUGCUGAUGCAGGACUCUACGUAUGUGAGCUUUCCAUGAAUGGCCUCACGCGACAUCAGAGCUUUGAACUGGUCGUAGAAGGAAAGCCUGUGAUCACCAGUCUAACCAAACACCGUGCUGAUGAUGCCAAUUACAAGGUUUUGACCUGCGAGGCUGAGGGAGUACCAGAGCCCAACUUCCAAUGGAGUGUCAACAGUACAGAUGAGAAGAGCUCCUACACCAACGGCAAGGCCACCCAUAAAAUCUCUGUGAUCCCCAAGGAGAAUCUGACAGUCACCUGCAGCGUCAGCAACAAGCUAGGAGAAGAUAUCAUGACCAUCAAUGUUUCCUCUGUUUUUAAGGAGGAAAAGAAUGAAAAAGGCUCUCCGGAGGAGUCAGAGGACCAGGCUAAGCUCAUAGUGGGAGUGGUGGCAGGGCUCCUCAUAGGUGCUGCCUUGCUGGGACUCAUCUACUGGCUCUACAUGAAGAAUGCAAGACAAGGAAGCUGGAAAACUGGUGAGAAGGAGGUGGGAACAUCUGAGGAGAGCAAGAAACUGGAGGAGAAUAAUCACACUGUUUAAAGACACUCAGGCUGUGCUACAUGGGAUGAAAGAGUGGGAAAGCCGCCAUGCGACAUAGAACAUACAGACUGCUGGCUCCAUCAGGCUCCACAAAAGCAGCCACACUGUGUCCUGCUGUCCCACCUCAUGUUUGAAGUCAGUCGUGUUACCGUUUCAUUUUGUGUUCCUGGUGAAUGCUCCCUGUUCUGUUUUGUUUCCUCUGAGGCCGUGUGGUGGGGCUUUUACCGCUUAGUUCUUCCUUUUAGGAUUUAUUUGUUUGCUAGUUCGUUCUUGAAUUUCUUCAAAUUAGAUGUAAAUCCCUCGUACACUUUUUGUAUAACAAAUUACAAUGAUGUGUCUGCCCUCACAGCAUGCCAAUGUUUAUGUGUAUUGUUUCUGUCUAUGUUUUUGUGCGCUGUGUGAAAAGCCUUUGUUGGCUGUGCUCAGAGAAAGAAACACCUUCCUGCUGUGUAACCUCACUGAAACUGAUCUCAGACUUUAAGAUAACCUCAACAUCUUAACCUCCGAGCACUGGCAAAUAGAUUUUCUGUCUAGUUAAUGGACGCCUUCUCCAGAAAGACUAGUUCUAGUCAUAAUGUUGUUGAGGAACUGGAUGUACUAUUAAUGAUUCCUACACGUUACACCGAACACUGUUUAUUUAAUUUAAAAUGUUAUCAAUUUUAAAUUUCAUUGGUGUAUAUGUAAAUUAGACAUCCACAAAUUACACAUUAGGACACACUCAACCACUAGUUAGUUGUUUUUGUAACUUAGUCAUUUCUUUCACUUUUUUCUCGGUCUCGAGAGACUUUUUAAUUCCUUUAUGUAGAAAAGUGAAACAAAAUGUAAGAGAUGUAGGUUUUUACCAUAAUGUUUCUUUUAGCAGUUUUGUUUAAUUUAGUUUAAUAUACUACAUUGUUCAUGUCUUCACCUUUCCUGUACAAUAUUUUGUUUUUUAAUGCUUUUAUUUUCUUACUUCAUGCCAGGACUGAAAUCUGUUUUUGUGUUUUUUAUGUAUUUAUAUUCUGUGUGCACCAUCCGAUGCUGCAGCAUGCAAGAUAGUUUUUUUUUUUUCAAGCCUGCGUGGAAAGCAUAAAGUGUUGAAAACGUGGUAGGGGGUUACAUGAGCGUGAAUAUACAGUAUCUGUGAUUAUUCUCUGCUUUAUUGUUAUUAUUAUUAUUAUUAUUAUUAUUAUUAUUAUUAUUAUAUUAUUAUUAUGUCAUGUUUAGCUCAGUGGUGUGAAGGAUUACCCAUACAGAAGACAUUGAUUAUGAUCAGAUCAGAUGAGGUGGCUCUCUGGCAUUACAUCAAUUUAUUCUGGUACAUCCCACAAUGCAACACCCCAAUAACCCGCCAAGGACAAAGGGUUGAUAAGACAGUGUAAACAUAAACCUUUCAACAGAACAUUUCUAGUUCAGUUCACAUCAUGUAAAAAUUAUUUUAG